ACCAAAGCCUUUGCUUUUGAAGUUGUUACAGUCUGUCGGUGCACAAAAAGACACUUACACAAUGAAAGAGGUUCUCUUUUACCUUGGCCAGUACAUCAUGACCAACCGCCUGUACGACGAGAAGCAGCAGCAUAUCGUGUACUGCUCAAACGACCUUCUGGGAGACCUGUUUGGCGUGCCCAGCUUCUCUGUGAAGGAGCACAGGAAAAUAUAUACAAUGAUCUACAGAAACUUGGUGGUAGUUAACCAGCCGGAACCCUCAGCCUCUGGCACAUCUGUGAGUGAGGAUGGGCAUCACCUUGCAGGCAGGAGUGAUCCAAAGGACCCUGUGCUGGAGCUACAGGAAGAGAAGCCUUCGUCUUCACAAGUGGCUUCCAGACCUUCUGCCUCAUCCAGGAGGAGGGCCGUCAGUGAGACAGAAGAGAGCGCCGAGGAGCCGCCCGGCGAGCGCCAGAGGAAGCGGCACAGGUCGGACAGCCGCUCGCUGUCGUUCGACGAGAGCCUGGCCCUGUGUGUCAUCCGCGAGAUCUGCUGUGAGCGAGGCAGCGGCGGUGGCGGCAGCAGCGACUCUGCAGGGACACUGUCCAGCCCGGAUCUUGAUGCUGGCAUAAGUGAACAUUCAGGCGAUUGGUUGGAUCAGGAUUCUGUUUCAGAUCAAUUUAGUGUAGAAUUUGAAGUUGAAUCUCUUGAUUCAGAAGAUUACAGCCCCAGUGAAGAAGGACAAGAACUCUCCGAUGAAGAUGAUGAGGUAUAUCGGGUUACUGUGUACCAGGCUGGGGAGAGCGAUACCGACUCCUUUGAAGAAGAUCCGGAAAUUUCCUUAGCUGACUACUGGAAGUGCACCGCGUGCAGCGAGCUGAACCCUCCCCUGCCAUCGCACUGCAACAGAUGCUGGGCCCUGCGUGAGAACUGGCUUCCUGAGGGCAAAGGGAAGGACAGUGGGGACGCCACGGAGAAGGCCACCCUGGAGCAGCCGGCGGCGGCCGAGGAGGGCUUCGACGUUCCCGACUGCAGGAAGACUGCCGCGGGCGAAACUGAGGAGCCGAGGCCCGAGGAGAGUGACGAGAAGGCCACGCCAGCCUCCCAGUCACAGGAGAGCGAGGACUACUCCCAGCCGUCCACGUCAAGCAGCGUCGUCUGCAGCAGCCAGGAGGACUUCCGGGAGCUCGACAGGGAGGAGACGCAGGACAGGGAGGAUGGCGCGGAGGCCAGCUUUCCCCUCAACGCCAUCGAGCCAUGCGUGAUCUGCCAGGGCCGGCCCAAGAACGGGUGCAUUGUGCAUGGCAAAACCGGGCACCUCAUGGCCUGCUUCCCGUGUGCCAGGAAACUGAAGAAGAGGAACAAGCCCUGCCCUGUGUGCAGGCAGCCCAUCCAGAUGAUUGUGCUGACCUACUUCCCCUAGCGACCCCGCGGCCACGCUGCUCCCUGGAGGACCCCGGGCUCCCGGCAGCGUGGGGCCUGUUUCUGUUCACGCCUGCAGCAAGACAUGUCUCAUUCCGGAAAGAGCGCUCCUGUUUAGAGAAGAACUAACGUUCUUGGAAGAAGAGCUGCCUUGGGAGAGGAAUCGUGGUUUACUUCCAUUUAGGAGAGUACCGCUCUGCUUAUGUUUAUUUUGGGUUUUAUGUCAUUGGCAAUGGAUCUGUAGCUUCCAUUUUCAAUAAUGUCUGCGCACUCUUCCAGGAGAGGCACCCAGUUGUGUGUGUGUGUGUGUGUGUGUGUAGGACAUUUAAGUGUAACUUAUUUAGUGCCUUCCACGUGAGGUGAAAAUGUGUGAAAGAUUUAAUAUUUAAGCUCUAAGAUAUGUUUAAACCUUUCCAUGCAGCAUUUCUCUUUCUGAUCUUCUUAAAAAUACUCAGGCCAGGCAUGGUGGCUCACGCCUGUAAUCCCAGCACUUUGUGAGAAUCUCUUGAGGCCA